CGUCUGUAGCAAUGGUGGCAAGUGUUCAGGAGGCGAAUUCUCGCGCUACAAGUGCAACCAGCAGCAACCAGGACGUUCCAAGUGAAGCUGAGAUGGGUGCUCUCUUCGAGGCAGCCAUGCAUCAGCAGAAGCGCAGUGUGGAGCCCAAGGUGACGCCCGAAGAGCAGACCAAGUUCUUGUCGGCCAUGAAAGACCCCGAGUUCCGCUCUCUCUUAAAUGAGUACAUGCAGGAGAUCUCCGAUCCUCACAACCGCGAAGAAAGUGAGCGGUAUCUGGCUCAAUUGGAGACUGAGCAGAAGGUUCCGACCGACAAACAGCUCGUUAAACCCACGCCUGGCUUUGUAGUGAAAACCAAGUGGGAGAACACGCACAAGAUCUUUAUAAAUGUAUGCAGUAGUGACAAGAUGCAGCCUCCUUCCAACACCCGCGUGUCUUCAGGACAACAAGGGGCGUCCUGGAACUUGCCCUACUCCUUAGGGCCCGAGAGACUCGAGCCUGAUAAAGGAGGAGCCAGUGUAGCCACCUUCGACGUGUGCUUCCACCCACGAGUUAUUGAGUUCUCCAUGUCUCGAGCUGAUUAUAGACAUAUGGUCGUCAGUACGUGUCUGGAUGCAGUAGAGCCGAUAAUGAGAGAGUCUAGACGCAAGAAGGACGCUCUACUAGCGAGGAACUACCAUGUUCUUAAAGGAGUGUUGUACAAGUCAGGAGACCCAGUCACUUUGUGUUUAAAGAAAGAACGAGAAGCUUCCGAGUCUGUUAAAACAAAGAAGAAAACCCAAAGUCAAGACGGUAAACAGAAAAAGACAGCGGGAGACAAGAACAAGCAGACAAUGGACACGAUAAAGCGUGUGGACCACAAAGCCGACAAGUCGGUUUUGACCCAAUUAACGCACGUAGAAGAGAGCGACGAGAGUUCUCCAUUGAUAAAAGAAGUGUCAAGUGUUAAGAUCGAAGAGAAGCAGUCGUCUGACAUGAAGAAGAUGCAGUAUCAACUGAUUUAUCGCGGGAAGUUCGAGCUUCUUCACCACAUGCAAGCAGAUCCGGACAAGAAGGUGCCGGACGAUCGUUAUCGUCCCAAAGAGCUUGUGGUUGAGAUCAACUUUCCUCUUUCUUCAAGUGCCAAAGGUCUGGACUUGGAUGUCAGCGACAAGAUGCUGCGUCUUGCAGCUGACUCUGGUGCCUAUGAGCCGUUGGAGUUAACUCUCCCGUUCCCAGUGAUUGAGGACAAGGGCAGCGCCAAGUUUGACCGCAAGAACCACAAACUCGUAGUCACUUUACCGGUACAGCCCCCACCUAAACCGAAGCCGCAGUCGGUAUCUUUGAUUGUCCAAGAGGAUGACGAAGAGGAGGAAGCAAUCGAGAGUCAAGAGGUGACUCUAGAGAUGACGGACGUUAGUGAGCCGAAGCCGAAGAAAGAGAGCGAUGACGAGUUCCGUAUGCUACGAGAGACGGCUCUGAUGGUGGCGAAUGACCCACUGAUACUGGCACUCAAGCGACGCGAAGAACGCAGUAAAAACUCGACUCACACGCCGCCUGUAGUGACCGAGCCAGCAGCUAUCAAUGACGAAAUGUACGAUGACCUGCCGCCACUUGAGAGCUGCGGCGAUGCAGAAGAAGAUGAAGAAGGAGAGAUGCUAACAGACUCGGUAUCGGUGUCUGAGACCUUAGGCCCCGUGCUUCAGCCGCCUUUCGAGACGCAUGAGACGUCAGCGUGUCUAUCGUACAUUGUGGAGGUUUCUGGAAUCGACUCAAAGAGUGUCAAGCUCACGUUCCCAUCGACGUCUUCGCUGCGUCUGCAGUUCUCCGAUAGUGAGAAGAAAUUGUACGAAAUGCACGUCGCUGUGCUGCCAGUUGACAUCGACCCGUCGGCUGCUGAAGUUGACGUGGCCAGUGAGAACAUGGUGGUGAUUCUUCAGAAGAAAAAUGCGUCCGACUCGAGCAGGGAAGCCGUGCAGCUUGACGCAUCCGCUCCAGCAGCUCCUCUGACCGCGGCACGAUUCCAGAACCAACUUCUCUACGAGCUGGAUUAA